AUGGAUGUAGCUUAUGAUCACAUCCAAGAGGAGAUUCUCUCCUCAAAUAAUCAAGAUAUCCAGUCCUCGAACCUAGUGGCAGAUUCGAGCGCAACCGACACAUCCGCGGAAUCUUCUCAGCGUCCCAAUCUCGGCCUCACCACUGAAUUUCAAGAAACAUUUCGCGCCUUCUCCUCGAAUCCUUGGGGAGCUCGACUGGGCGGACUGUGGGGUAAUGUUCGCAAACAGGGAGAGACCUACUAUCAGGGAGCGCGCCAGGAGUAUGAGGCUGCGAGCGAAGAGGCAAUUAAGGGCUUCACGGAUUUGCGAGCUAGUAUCGUUGGGAGAACGAGAGGAUUGACACUGGGAGGAUUGUCGAGGGCUGAGGAUGGUGGUAGCGGGGCAAAGGACAGGGGGAAAGGAAAUGAAAAUGACAACGAGUUUGAGGGGGAUGUUGUCACUCCUACCGCUGCGGGUGAGUACCAGGACAAGGCUGCUGGGGAUGACGGAGAUGGGGAGGGUUUCAUUUCUCGAUUCCGUUCUGAGGCUGCGAAGCGGUUGAAAGAUAUAGAGAAGGCAGAGGAUGCUGCGGAUGAGGCGCUGUUGCGGUUUGGGACUAAUAUACGCAACUUCCUUCGUGAUGCCGUGAGCAUCGCGCCUCCUGAGAGCACCGAUGAUAAUAAUAAGGUUUUGUUCGAGAGUAAGGAUAUUGAUGGGAAGAGGGUUAUUCAUACAACUCGAUUUGAGGCUCAGCUACAUGCUAUCCAUUCGAACUUUGAUCGCUUAUCGCACGAUCCCGUGAGCGGGGAAUGGCCCGCAUGGAAGAGUGAGUUCAGGGUUGAUAGCAAAACUAGUGACAUUACAACGGACCUAGAGACAUACCCUGAGCUGCGGAGGGCGAUGGAAGCGCUUGUUCCGGAGAAGGUUGAGUAUGCGGAUUUCUGGUGUCGUUAUUAUUUUCUCCGUAUGGUGAUUGAGACAGAGGAGAAGAGACGGAAAGAAAUGUUGAAAGGCGCCACGGCCAACAACGAUGAAGAGGUAGCCUGGGACGAAGAUUCCGACGAUGACGCAGAAGCCCCACCCACUCCACAUGUGACCAUCGACAAGAAUGCUGGUCCUUAUCCCGCAGUAACUUCUCCGACAGCAACGUCGGCCUCACGCCUCUCCACUGGAAACGAUACGUCAAAGGCUGCUGAACCUCGUCAUUCCAACGACCAGCAAUCACAGGCCGGCAGCGAUGCCAGCUAUGAUCUUGUCAGUGGUGCUCCAAGCCGUGCUUCGGAUAGUCCCAGGGGUAUCGGGAAACCUUCGGCAACUUCUUCAUCCGCUGCGAAAGCCGAUGAUAGUGACGAAGAGGAUUGGGAGUAA